GUGAAAAUUUUGACCAGAGUCCUUUGCGAAGAACAUUCAAAUCCAAAGUUCUGGCCCACUAUCCUCAGAAUAUAGAAUGGAACCCUUUUGAUCAAGAUGCAGUAAACAUGCUGUGCAUGCCUAAGGGGUUGUCUUUCAGAACACAGACUGACAAUAAAGACCCUCAGUUCCACUCGUUUAUAAUUACCCGGGAAGACGGUUCUCGUACCUAUGGUUUUGUUCUCACUUUUUAUGAAGAGGUUACAAGCAAGCAGAUCUGCACGGCAAUGCAGACGCUCUACCAGAUGCACAACGCCGAGCAUUACAGCAGCGUGUGCGCCUCGUCCUCCUGCAGCACGGACUCCCUGGCGAGCAGCGCUGAUGAGGGGGACACGACUUCCCUUCUGAAGCUCCAGCGGUACAACUCUUAUGACAUCAGCAGAGACACCCUGUAUGUUUCCAAAAGUAUAUGUUUGAUCACACCACUGCCUUUCAUGCAGGCCUGCAAGAAAUUCCUUAUCCAGCUUUACAGAGCAGUUACCUCACAGCAGCCACCACCCUUGCCGCUUGAGAGCUACAUCCAUAACAUUCUCUAUGAGGUGCCCCUUCCGCCUCCAGGGAGAUCGCUGAAAUUUUAUGGUGUUUAUGAACCUGUCAUCUGCCAGAGGCCGGGGCUCAGUGAACUCCCCCUCUCCGAUUACCCUCUCCGAGAGGUCUUCGAGCUCCUGGGCCUGGAGAACCUGGUGCAGGUGUUUACCUGUGUUCUUUUAGAGAUGCAGAUCCUCCUCUACUCACAAGAUUAUCAGCGCCUGAUGACUGUGGCAGAAGGCAUCACCACACUUCUGUUCCCGUUUCAGUGGCAGCAUGUGUACGUGCCCAUCCUCCCUGCUUCUCUGCUACAUUUUCUUGAUGCUCCUGUCCCUUAUCUGAUGGGCCUUCAGUCAAAAGAAGGAACUGACCGUUCUAAGCUAGAACUUCCUCAAGAGGCUAAUUUGUGUUUUGUGGAUAUUGACAACCAUUUUAUUGAGUUGCCCGAAGAAUUUCCACAGUUCCCCAAUAAAAUAGAUUUUAUCCAGGAACUCUCUGAAGUUCUUCUUCAAUUUGGGAUCCCUCCUGAGGGCAGCCUACAUUGCAGUGAGAGUGCCACCAAGCUAAAGAAUCUGGUUCUGAAAGACUUGGUCAACGACAAGAAGAAUGGCAAUGUCUCUGCUAAUAACAUCAGCAUGUAUGAGUUACUGAAGGGCAACGAAACCAUAGCCCGCCUACAGGCUCUGGCCAAGCGGACUGGUGUGACCGUGGAGAAGAUGGACCUCUCUGCCUCUCUGAGUGAAAAAGAAAAAGACUUAAAACUGCAGUGUGAAGAGGCAGAACUAAGGGACUACCAGCUCAACGUACAGCUCCGAGAGGUCUUUGCUAACCGCUUUACACAGAUGUUUGCAGAUUAUGAAGCGUUUGUGAUUCAGACUGCCCAGGACAUGGAAUCCUGGCUGACCAACCGGGAACAGAUGCAGAAUUUUGACAAAGCUUCCUUUCUGUCUGACCAGCCUGAGCCUUACCUGCCUUUUCUUUCACGAUUCAUUGAAACACAGAUGUUUGCCACCUUUAUUGAUAAUAAAAUUAUGUCCCAGUGGGAAGAGAAAGAUCCUUUGCUUCGAGUCUUUGACUCUCGGAUUGAGAAGAUGAGACUGUAUAAUGUAAGGGCACCCACCUUGAGGACAUCUAUCUAUCAGAAAUGCAGCACUUUAAAAGAAGCAGCCCAGUCAAUCGAGCAGCGGCUAGUGAAGAUGGACCACACUGCAAUCCACCCACAUCUGCUUGACAUGAAAAUCGGUCAAGGCAAAUAUGAGCAAGGGUUCUUUCCGAAGUUACAGUCCGACGUCUUGGCAACAGGACCGACGAAUAACAACCGCUGGGUGAGUCGGAGUGCCACCACACAGCGCAGGAAAGACCGCCUCCGCCAGCAUUCCGAGCACGUUGGGCUGGACAGCGACUUGAGGGAGAAAUACAUGCAAGAGGCACGAAGUUUAGGAAAAAACCUGAGACAACCCAAAUUGUCAGACCUCUCUCCUGCAGUGAUUGCACAAACCAACUGUAAAUUUGUAGAAGGCUUAUUAAAAGAAUGUAGAAUGAAGACAAAACGCAUGUUGGUAGAGAAGAUGGGACACGAAGCAGUGGAGCUGGGCCAUGGGGAAGCAAACAUAACUGGCCUGGAGGAGAACACCCUGAUCGCCAGUCUCUGUGACCUGCUGGAGAGGAUUUGGAGUCAUGGCCUGCAAGUCAAGCAGGGAAAGUCAGCUUUGUGGUCACAUUUAAUUCAGUUUCAGGACAGAGAAGAGAAACAGGAGCACCUUGCAGAAUCGCCAGUUGCCCUUGGACCAGAAAGAAGAAAAUCUGACUCAGGAGUUAUGUUGCCAACACUCAGGGUCUCUCUCAUCCAAGACAUGAGGCAUAUUCAAAGCAUGAGUGAGAUCAAGACUGAUGUCGGACGAGCUCGAGCGUGGAUAAGAUUGUCUCUAGAAAAGAAGCUCUUGUCCCAGCAUCUCAAGCAGUUGCUCUCUAACCAACUGCUCACAAAGAAGCUUUAUAAACGUUACGCUUUUCUACGUUGUGAAGAAGAGAGAGAGCAGUUUCUUUACCAUCUUCUUUCCCUCAAUGCUGUGGACUAUUUCUGCUUCACCAGUGUGUUCACCACUAUCAUGAUUCCAUAUAGGUCAGUGAUCAUUCCCAUCAAAAAGCUGAGCAAUGCGAUCAUCACCUCGAACCCUUGGAUCUGCGUUUCGGGAGAACUAGGAGACACGGGAGUAAUGCAGAUUCCCAAAAACCUCCUCGAAAUGACUUUCGAAUGCCAGAACCUGGGGAAGCUGACUACUGUUCAGAUUGGUCACGAUAACUCAGGGCUGUUAGCCAAGUGGCUAGUGGAUUGUGUCAUGGUCAGAAAUGAAAUCACAGGACAUACAUACAGGUUCCCAUGCGGGCGCUGGCUGGGGAAGGGCAUUGAUGACGGAAGCCUGGAGAGAAUUCUCAUUGGAGAACUGAUGACAUCAGCAGCCGAUGAGGAUCUAGUGAAGCAGUGUCGGACGCCCCCCCAGCAGAAGUCACCCACCACGGCCAGGAGGCUAAGCAUCACUUCACUGACAGGAAAAGCUGCCAAACCCAACACUGGACAGAUCCAAGAAGGAAUUGGAGAAGCUGUGAACAAUAUCGUGAAACAUUUUCACAAACCUGAAAAAGAGAGAGGAAGCCUCACCGUGUUGCUGUGUGGAGAGAGUGGCUUAGUUGCGGCACUUGAGCAAGUUUUCCAUCAUGGCUUCAAAUCUGCUCGCAUCUUUCACAAGAACGUCUUCAUCUGGGACUUCAUAGAGAGAGCAGUUGCUUAUUUUGAAACAACUGACCAGAUUCUAGACAAUGAAGAUGAUGUCCUCAUUCAGAAAUCAUCCUGCAAAACAUUCUGCCACUAUGUAAAUGCUAUCAAUACUGCACCCAGGAACAUUGGGAAGGAUGGCAAAUUCCAGAUUUUAGUUUGCCUCGGAACACGGGACCGCCUGCUGCCACAGUGGAUUCCGCUGUUAGCUGAGUGUCCGGCCAUCACCCGGAUGUACGAGGAGAGCGCCCUCCUGCGAGACCGCAUGACCGUCAACUCCCUCAUCCGCAUCCUGCAGAGCAUCCAGGACUUCACCAUAGUCUUAGAAGGCUCCCUCAUCAAAGGAGUGGACGUGUAACCCCAUCAGCUGGAAACGCUCAGUCCAGACCUCUCGUUCCUGAACCUUCCCCAAGAUGGGGACUGAUUUGGACUUGUCUGACGAGGCAGUGGGUCCCUGUAGGGGGCAACGCACCGUAUCCCCCAACUUGAACAAUCCUGACACUACAGACAAGGCAAAAUGCUGUAUUGUAGUUCAUUUGAACCUGGAAUUUAGUAUAAAAUAGAGUAUUUUCAUGUGUUAGAUGUGUGUAAAUAUGCUCUCUUCUUUAAGAAAUUAUAUUACUCUGAUAAGAUACUUUUCUUAGAUUGAAUAUUCC